GCUGCGCGAUUUCUCACUGGGGGAAUCCCCGGACGUUCAUAAAAACAGGGGAGAAUGAAUCAUCACAUUUCAGACUCGGACUUGACACAAGUCAGAUGAAGAGUGGGGAUACUGGGAUACUGUUUUCUCUUGCUUAGAUUUUUAAGUCUUUCGUUGAAAUUGAUCUGCAAAUUUGUCGACGGAGAAAAAGCGAAGAUACAUCGCAAGUUGUAAACCAUGGCAGACUGUUUUGCGGACGAGGACGGAGACCCAAAGUUGAAGAUAAUCACAGAUGUUUUCCGACCCUAUGUGGUGGAAAAUCUCAAUUUGACGUCCGAGUUUUUGUCUCUGCUGUACAGCAAGAAUGGCCUUAAUCGCGAAACUAUGGGGCAUACAGAGCAACUUCUUCGGGAGGCAUCUCCUGUCAAUGUGCUCCUGGACCGCCUGGCCAGACUGAACAGGAAAGGAACGUACACUGCUUUUAUUGAAUGCCUGAGAAGUAAAGGGAGUGCCUUCAUUGCUGAUGCGAUUGAGGACAGCGCAGAUGUGGAGGGGGAGAGACUAGAUUUACUAAGGCACCUGAUGCAGGCCUUCCACGUAAAACUCAACCAAAUUGAUCCCGCAAGCAUGCUGCCCUACCUCCACUGCCUAAACACAGAGGAAAAAGAAAGCGUCAGUCAGACGACAAUUAACCACGGAGACACUAGGGGUGCUGUUUUUCUGGUUGGGAUACUUUGUAAGAAAGGCAGAGAAGUCGUUGGCCAAUUGAUGGAGGGUCUGAGAGAGACGGGACACGGAAGUCUCGCUGAGGAACUGUCUGAGCUUGUGUGCGCCCCUACAUGUGCAGACACAUGUGGUACCAAUAAUCUCUCUCAAGAUGUUGAAAUGGAUGACUGCUGCUGUGGUGCCUCAAGCACAUACACCGGCGUUGUCACGGAUGAGCCGAUGAACAUUUUUGAGAGUGGCACCCCUGCAGAGAAUACUAGCGGAUGUGAGCCGUCGGCAUCCGGUGCCUGUGCCCUGAAACCGGGGGAGCUCAGCCGCAGCUCUGAUCGUGAUACACCAGAGGGUGACUCUUCAGACGAUGAGCCAAAACAGCUCAGACUGAGAGGUUACCAAGAGGAGCUGGUUGCAGCGUCUCUGCGAGGCACGAACUCUCUGGUCGUGGCCCCCACUGGCACCGGUAAGACUGUGGUAGCCGCUCGGUUGGUGAAAGCCUUUCUGGACAGGGAGAGUGGUGUGGGGCCCCGCAGCGGUUAUCCUGCCCAGGUGAUAAGAGAUGGGCCCAACAAGGUGGUUUUCCUUGUCAAUAAGAUCCCCCUGGUCGACCAACAGUGCAACGUCUUUCAGAGCUACAUGAGCGAGAGCAGCAUCAUGGGUCUGAGCGGUGAGAUGAGUGACGCUGGCUCGCUGGUUGAUCUGCUGGAUGAGCACGACGUCCUAGUCAUGACGGCUCAGAUCUUGGUCAAUGCUCUGCAGGGAGUCAAGGACGAUAACGAUCGCUUGGAGCUCUCCAAGAUUGGCCUGCUUGUGUUUGACGAGUGUCACCACUGCCAGAAAGAUGAUCCGUACAACAAAAUCAUGACACAGUAUUGUGGUGUAAAGCUGUCUUCGCCUGAAACGCCCAGACCGCAGGUUCUUGGGCUAACUGCCUCCAUGGGGGUAGGCAAGGCGAGCACCCUCUAUGAGGCAGAGUUCCACAUCAUGAAGAUGUGCGCCAACUUGGAUGUUGAAAAGAUCUGCACGGUUCAGGAUCAGCAAAACAAGGAAGAGCUCCGACAGAUUAGGGACAAACCAGAGGAAGAUAUCUUUGAGGUGCCAGGGCGCAAGAAUAAUAGUUUUGUGAAGGAGAUCGUUGGGAUAAUGGAAAAGAUUGAGGCCAAGAUAUCACGAACCCAAGAGGGUAAGGAUUGGCUUAAACAGCCAGCUUCUGUGCCAAAGCGUGGCACCCAGGGCUAUGAGAACUGGCUCGUUCAGAUGGGAAAGUAUUUCAUCGAAAAUGCCGUCAAUGAUGAAACCCGCAGGAAACUUGUGACGUGCAAGGACCACUUGAAGGAGUACAAUGCCUGCCUGUACAUCAACCGUGAUGCAAGGACACAGGACGCCCUGGACCACAUCAAAAACUUCCUGGAGAGCCUUCAAGUUGGAACCACAUCAGGCUUUAGUCCGGAUGAACAGCAGUUGGUGGAUUUAUUCCAAGACAAGCUGAAACUCUUGAAGGCAUUUGCAGUGAGUCCGCACCCAGACCUUCAGAAUCCACUCUUGCAGCGUCUGACCGAGAUCCUGAAUGACACCUUAGUCGGAAGAGCCGAUUCCCGCGGCAUUCUCUUCUGCAAGACACGCGCCACAUCGAAGGCCUUGCAUGCGUGGCUGCAGGCUACGCCCAGCCUCCAGUGCCUGCAAGCCGGCAUACUGACCGGAAGUGGCGGUUCCGAAGGUAUGACACAAACUAAGCAAGGGGAGUUCCUUGAUAUGUUCCGUGAGGGCAAGCACAGGUUGAUGGUGGCCACCUCGGUGGCAGAAGAGGGAUUGGAUAUCCAACAGUGUAACGUCGUCAUCUGCUGCAACUACAUCUCCAAUGAGAUUGGACGAGUCCAGGCCCAAGGAAGAAGCAGGGCACGUGGUGGCAAGUACUUCUUGGUCCUUUCUGAAGAGCUGACCCUGACCAGUCGUGAGUUCCGGAACCGCAUCCGUGAAAAGAUGAUGUACAAAGCCACCGAUAGCCUCCAGAAAAUGCACGACAUGAACCCGAAUGAGUUCCUGGAAAAGAUUGUGAAGAUUCAGAAGGAGAGUCGCCUUGAGCGCCAGGUUAAGGAGCGCGCCUUGGCCCGACUUCAGCACAACAGGGAGCUGAUGGAUGUCAGCAUGCUCUGCCGCAAGUGCAGCCGCCACGUCUGCACCUUGGACGACAUCCGGCGCAUCGAGAACGCCCACCACGUGGUGCUCAAUCCUGCCUUCCGUAAGCAGUACAAGCUGGUACCCCACAACAAGCCUGUUAAGAAGGUGGACUUCGAGAAGCUGAAGAGGAUCCUGUGCGGGGACGCCAGUUGCUCCCAGGAGUGGGGCAUCCAGAUGAAGUACAAAGGCUGCGUCGUCUUUGCCCUGACCCCCGUCAACUUGAUAUUCAAUCCUCAAAACCGGAGCAGACGGAGCUACGGGAAGUGGAAGCAAGUCCCGUACCAGAUUGCCGAGAUGGACAUGGAGGAACUCCUGGAGGUGAGUAUGAAUAUGGAGGACGAAGAGGAUAACAUCAAUGAGGAUGAUGGGGAUAUCUGGGCACUAUCUUAAAACUGGCGCCUUUCCACCGUGAAACUCUCAAAUGCAAAAUGUGUGUGGUGCUUAAAUGGUACGCUAUUUAUCACCACACACAGUAAAUAUCAGCAACAUUUGAUUGAAAAGUUUUUAAUUCUAAUAUUGGCAAAAUGUAAAGGAUAACGCGGCAGUAUGUUCCCAUACUCAUGAAUGAGGAGUAUUGUGGUAAAGUACCUUGCCUAAGAACACACUUAGUGUGUGCACGAACCAUUAUGGCAUCUCCUCAUUGUUGUAAAACUCCUCUGGAACUGACUAUCGCUGAGCUUUCUGAAAAAGUGGAAAAUUGAGCGCUAGUGGAAAACUAUCAAAUAACAUGUAUGAAUUUAUCAUGGGUCUGAAUUUUGCUUUUGUAUGGAAAUGGGUUGUUAACGGUUUGUCUGACAUUCAGUUUUUACUUAGUUUUGUUUUGCAAUGUGUUGAUCCAGUUAGGAUAUGAAAUUUUAUAGAUUUGUUAGUAGUCUAACAAAAUAUACUUUGGCUGUGCCAGCAGAAGCACAUUCUGAUCAAAUUUACAUAAUUUGAAGCAUUGAUGUAGUUGUAUAUAAUCACAUAUAAUGUUGCUGCGGUAAUUUAUGUAAUCUUCAAGCAAACAUGUGUCAGCUUUCCUAAUUGGUCGAUCCAUGGCAACAACAGUGUGAUAUCAUCCCGUAGGCCACGGUCAUAUUGCACUCCCACAACAUGUUAUUCCAAGACGUGUACGCUCUUCCUGCCGCAUGCAUGCGUUUAAGGAUAACCACUGAAAAGUUUGUGUACAGUGUGCGCGUUGCAUCUUCACUGUGCAUCAAGUUUGCUUGAAGAUAAUAUUCUGUAUGUGAAACAUAGAAAAUGUUAUAUGGGCAAUUUUGUAAAUUCGGACGUACAUGUCAGACACUUCAGCUGCUAUUGGGAAACAUCACUAAUAAUUCUCUUACAUCUAAAACUAAGGUACCCCCGCCUGAACAAGUUUGUCCAUCAUGUGAUCGGACGCAUGCAGAAAAUUGGAUUUUACAGAAUUGCCUUAGAUCAUCUGUUUGGCAUAUAGGAUGACACAACUGUACUACAUUAUUCUGUUUCCGCUUGUGCUUGUGCUGUAGUUCAUAAAUGUUUGUGCAGUAUUUAUUGUAGUAUUGAAGUGUAUAAAUCUAAGCAUUGAAGUGUAUAAAUCUAAGCAAUAUAACACUGACUUAUUAGAUUAUAACCUAAAGAUGUAGUAGAAAUCUAGUAAACAAUUGCAAAUAUCUUUGUGCAAGGCCAAAUUUCAAUAUAGUGCCCUGCCCUUUUCAUAGCAUUACAAAGUUAUGAUUUUAAUACAAAUUCUAAUCUUCAAAAGCAACAAAACCUAUCCAGAACCAAUUCCCUACCCACUUGGUUUGCAUUUAUACUUACUCGGUGGUUAAACCCUUGUUGACGCAAUUUUAAUCAAAAU